GACUAGAGCGUGAAUUUGCCAAAAAUACCGGAAUACUAUUGCUCCAUUUCCCAACGGGCUGUUUCGCCUGAGGAGCAGUUGUAGUGUCCUUUCGGCUCGCAAUUGGGCUCGGCAUUCGUUUUUGGCCCGCUUCGGGCUCGACUUGGCUUGGCUUGGCUUGGUUCGGUUCACUUCGUUGGGUUUCGCUUCGCCUGGAGUCCUGUGCCCAUGCUGAUGCUGAUGGUGCUGCUCCUCCUGCUGCUCCUGCUGAUGCUGGGCUUUCCUCAAUGAACAUGUGAGUGCGGGGAGCGUGGAGCGGGGGGGUGAGGCAAGGAUAUGCGGCAGGCGGCGAUGCGGAGGCGACAGGGCUGAGUUUUGGGCCUGGCUACAAACAUUUUUUUGUAACAGUCGCGCAUAUCCUUAAGCGAGCAAGCCCCCCUUCCACCCCCCCCAUCACCACUCAGCAAAGGACUCUCGGUUCUUAGGGGCAUUUGGGGCAUUCGGGGCGUCGGGCCUUCGGGGCUUCGUGUCAGCUCGUUUCCGCUCGGCUCUGAUAAGCUGUGGUCCUGGCUCAGUCGUCCUUCUGGUGGUCCUGCUCCUGCUCAGUGCCAAACUGUCAAUCGUGUAGUGCGGUCAUGUGGUGCGGAGCCAGCGUGCGCUCGCCUCCCAUCAUCAUCGCCCUCUGAGUGGUCUUUCAGUCCUCUUCAGUCGAGCCACAGCCACAGCCAAAAUUCCACAACCAAAACCGAAACCAACUCGAAUCCGAAUCCGAAUCCGAAUCUGCAUUUGAUUCUGAAUUUAAAUCUGAAUCCGCAACGAACUCUCUGGCCAGCGGAAUCGAAGGAUUCCAGCGCCAACACCGCCCUCCAAAAAUAUUUUUUGUUCUUGUUCCACCAAAAUCCAUUGCAACAUUUAGCCAGCAGCUAAAACAAAGUAUAUAAGCGCAAGGAAAAUAUAAUAAGCAAAGUGCUCAAGUGCCAAAAAAAAAAAAUAAUAAGAGGAAAAUACAAAAGAAUAAACCGGAACCCUUCCAGCUAAGCUGAAGAAAAUAAAUAAUAAUUUAAAUGUGCCUGCGCCAAAAUAAAAAGAAAAAUGCAAAGAGGGAUAAAUAUGCUACGUGCAGUUGUUAAUUUUUUUGAGAUUUUUUGUUCUUGUGCGGUUUGAACACGAGUGCGAACAGAACAACCACAACAACAACACAUAUAUAAAUAUAUAUAUAAAAUAUCCAACAAUAAUAACAACAGCAUCGACAACAACUACAACUACAACAACCAUAACAAAAGGAUGAAGGACUGCUGCAAAUGUGCGUGAAAUGUGACCAAAAACAGCAGGAUAUGCAACAACAACGGAGACUUCGAGCGGAUACGACAGCGGCAGCUAGAGAUACUUGUAACUAAAGUGACAUGAGGCCUUAACAACAAUAACACCAACAAAACAACAACAACUACCACAACAACAACAACAACAACAACAACAACAACAACAAAAACUACAGCAUCAACAACAAGCAGAAGCACUACAACAACAGCAACUAUAAGAACAAAGGACACGACAGCACCAAAAGCUACAACAAAUUCAAACAAGCAACCGUAGAGCACUAAAAACCAAAUUACAAACAAUUAAAAGCGAGCACAGGGAAGGAUCCUCCAGGGAGAGAGCUUGACAACGGUACUGCAGCCACGCCCCCUGGCCAGACCCCACACCCUCCCCACACGCACACACACACAGACGCACACAGCUACAAGGAUACAGUGGAAAAGGACCCUACGCUCGCACAGAGACUCACAGCAACAACAGCAAAAAAAAAAGCCAUCUACAUGCCUCAAUGGCCGCUCCAUCGUUUAUGGCCAACUAAAACUGAGCAGCGGUCCCCACGAAGGACCCCCGAAUUCGUCCUGGUUGCCAGGGAGACCGGCCACCACCAGUCCAUCAUCGCCGGGACCUUUGUCUUUGUUCCGCAUCACGACCAGAAACAGCAACAACAACGGCAACAUCAACUGAAAGUGAAACAGAAACGGCAACGCCACCGAAGGCGGCAAUAAAAAGUUUGCUUUGUGUGCGCUCUUUGGGCGACGUAAACCCGUAACCCCCGAAUCCCCGAUCCCCGAAUCUGCUCCACCCACUGGUGUUCCUCAUGCUGCUGAUUCCACGCCCACGUUGAAAACGGUGUCGCCCUCGUUGUCCUUGUCGUCAUCGUCAGACGCCUGUGGGCACUCAAUUAAGCCCAAUUCAACGCAACUUGAAAGCGACAACAAAACAGCAGCAACAAAAGCAGCAGCUGCUGAAUGUGACAAAAACAGCGGAAGGUGCAACAACAAUAGCUGCAACAUAACAUAAAUAAUAAUAACAGUAACAAUAGUGGCAAGAACACCUUCCCUAAAAUAUUGCAUAGAAACCGGAAAAGCGGCAACAUUAAUAAAAACAGCAUUAGCAGCAGCAGCAUUUGCAGCAGCCGCAACGCAACAAAAGCAUUAAAAGCAAACUGCAGCAUCAGCAAUAAAAUCAACUAAAGCCGCAGCAACUGAAGCAGCAGCAUUAGCAUCUGCAUCUGCGAUUAAAGCUGCAAAAGCAACACAAGUGGCACAAGCAGCAGCAAUUGAAGCUGCACAUUCAGCGGUAGCAGUGAACCGGCCACGCCCACGGAAACGCCAACGCCCGCGCUCACACACAGAGACACAGACAGCGAUACUAGAACAGGCACAGAAACAGAUAAAGAUACAGAUACAGAUACAUUUAGAGGAGCAACGGCAAGAGCGGCAGCAGCAGCAGCAGCAGCGGCCACACGGACUUGGGACACGCCCACGUAUCGCUGGCGUGGGCGGCGGGCGGUGGGAGUGGCUGAGUGGAUGUCAGGAUGAAACUGAGCGUGAGCGCGUAUCGGGCGCAUGCAUCCGCACACAAGAAGAUCCUCUCCAGCGGCUAUCACUCACAGCUCAACUACGGCAGCACUGGAGCGGCAGCGGCAUCCUCCUCGUCGUCGGGGACCACUGCAACGGGCCUAUAUACGAUGGAAGCGCACGAGCACGAGGCGGGCAAGUUUGUCAAGGAUGUGGCCCGUCAGGUGCACGACUGCAACAGCGACACGGACGUCAUCAGUCCCACGGGCACCAGUAGCUCCGGCGGAGGCGGAGGAGGUGGAGGAGGAGGAGGAGGCGGCGGAGCAGGCGGUGCCGGCGGAUCCGGUGGCGCUGGCGGACACAGCGACGGUGGCUAUCACAAGCGGCACCACAAGAUGGUCCGCGAUGACGACAACAACAGUGCGGCGCACUCAUCGGACAGCAAAAGUCCCAGCCAGCGGAAAUCGCGUAUCGGAGAUGGAGCUUCAGAUCCAGAUUCCGAUUGGACACGAUCGAACCAGCGCUGGAUGAAGCUACGCACCACCGUGCAGAUCUCAUCGGCGAUACAGAAGAAACCACCUCUCAAGCGCGAAGACUCCUUCCUGAAGCGUUUCUCGACUAGACAGAUACCCGAAACACAGGAAACUGUUGAAGAUACGGGUUCAGAAAGUGCCUCUGGUGACGUCGACAAGAGUGUGAAACGACGACGACGCUAUCUGCAGAAACGACGAUCCGUUGUUAAUCCAGAUGAAAAUUUUUACUUCUAUUGGUUAAUGAUGUUAACUGUAUGUGUUCUAUAUAAUCUAUGGACCCUAAUUGUGAGGCAGAGCUUUCCUGAACUGCAGCAAUCUGUGCCCACGUUUUGGCUCAUCUGCGAUUCGAUGACAGAUGUUGUAUUUAUCUUAGAUAUAAUAGUUCAAUUACGCACAGGAUAUCUGGAGCAGGGCCUAAUGGUAUACGACGACAGGAAGCUGGCCUGUCACUAUGUUCACUCGCGCGACUUUAUCUUCGAUAUGAUAGCGCUGAUACCAUUGGAUCUGCUGCAGCUCAAGAUGGGCACACAUCCGCUCUUGCGUUUUACGCGCUUUUUUAAAGUUUAUCGAUCUGUGAGAUUUUAUUACAUCGUAGAAAGUAGAACAGUUUGGCCAAAUUUAUGGCGCGUUGUUAACCUAAUUCAUAUCCUGUUAAUACUGGCACACUGGUUCGGUUGUUUCUAUUUUUUACUCUCCGAGGCGGAGGGCUUUCAGGGCGACUGGGUGUAUCCGUAUCGACCCGGGGACUACGCCACCCUGACGCGAAAGUAUCUGGGCAGCCUGUACUGGUCGACCCUGACACUGACGACCAUUGGGGAUCUGCCCACGCCCGAAACGAAUGCAGAACCGAACUUUUCGGUGGACGGCCCACGAUCAAUUCCGCGGCGUGGCAUUAAAUCGCGCCUACUUCAAUUUGGCUCUAGUUAUGGAUAUAUUUUUACGAUCGUUAGCUAUUUGAUUGGUGUUUUUAUCUUCGCCACCAUUGUGGGCCAAGUGGGCAAUGUGAUAACGAACCGAAAUGCGAAUCGCCUGGAGUUCGAGCGCCUGCUGGAUGGGGCCAAGACCUAUAUGCGGCACCACAAGGUGCCCGGAGGGAUGAAGCGUCGCGUGCUGCGGUGGUACGACUACAGCUGGUCCCGCGGCAGGAUACAGGGUGGCGGUGACAUCAAUACCGCACUGGGGCUCCUGCCCGACAAGCUGAAAACCGAAUUGGCCUUACAUGUCAACCUGAGCGUGCUGAAGAAGGUGACCAUAUUCCAAGAGUGCCAGCCCGAGUUCCUUCACGAUCUCGUGCUCAAGAUGAAGGCCUACAUCUUCACGCCGGGCGACUCCAUUUGCCGCAAGGGCGAGGUGGCCCGCGAGAUGUUCAUCAUUGCCGAUGGCAUCCUGGAGGUGCUGAGCGAGACGGGCAAAGUUCUAACCACCAUGAAGGCUGGCGAUUUUUUUGGCGAAAUCGGCAUCCUCAAUCUGGACGGGCUGAACAAACGCACAGCGGAUGUGCGCUCCGUGGGCUAUUCGGAGCUCUUCUCCCUGUCCCGCGAGGAUGUCCUGGCAGCCAUGAAAGACUAUCCCGAUGCCCAGGAGAUCCUGCAGACCCUCGGCCGCAAGCGGCUGAUGGAGGUGCGCUGCGUGAACAAGAAGUACGCCAAGGCGCAGAGCGAAAAGGAGGCGGCCGCCUAUGCGGCAGCACAUCCGCAUCACCACCAGAGCCACCACCAGGGUCAGGUGCACCAGAGCGACAGCAGCGAGAACAGUGCCUCCAAGAAGAUCGUGGACAAGCUGAAGCACGACGUCAAGGGAUUCCGCAACGUGCUGAAAAAGUCCAGGACCUCGCGCAAAAGCGAUGAAUCCCUGGAGAUGCAGCCGCUGCACAACACCUCGCCGCGCGGCAGCAAGAUCCUGCUGAAGCGCAUGUCGCGCGUUCGAUCGGACGAAAAGGAUGCGGAUAGUGCCGAGGCCAAGGACGAGUUGCACGACAAAACGCCCAGCCCGAUUGGGGCGGGACUGCCCCUGCUGCAGCGCCUCCGGCUCCUCAAGGAGAAGCAGGAUCGCGAAGAGCGAGCUGUUAAGUCCACACCACCACAGAAAUCUCCACCUCACUCACAUGUAACGUGUACGUUAUCGCCGCAGGAAUCGAUCCAGGAGGAGCCCGAACGCGAAUUCAGCGAAGGCUUUCCCCUGAUCCAGCGACUCCAGCAGUUGAAAAUUAAGAACGAGCCGCAGGCAAACGCCGCCGAACCCGGCGUCGUCAUGGUCAACACGCCGCCCAACAUCAGCAGCAAAAUAGAUUCGCAUUUUGGUGCCGGCCAGGCGGGUGGAUCGCAUCCGGGCUCGAAUGGUGGAGCCAUCUCGGGCAUCUCGGCACCGGGACAAUCGCUGACGGUGGCCCAGAUCAAGCCCAUCAUGAAGGUGUCCUUCAAGCAGAAGAUCCAGCAGCUGCAGGCCGGCGGCGGUGGAGCCAGCAGUUCUCCGGGUCCAAGCACGGGAGCCAUUGCCAAAAAGGAGCCACCCAAAUCACUGGCUCUGGUGGCCAAGCAUGCCACAUCCGAGGAUCCCGUCGUCGCGGCUGGAAUGGAUUUGGGAUUGGGGUCUGGUUCUGGUUCUGGCAUUGCCACCAUAUCGAAGAGGAUAGUGAAACCGCAAAGUCAUCGGGUGGCCACGCCGCUGCAAUCCGACACGGACACCGAUGGCACGCCCAUCAAGCCCUGGUCCAAGCUGAAACUGGCCACCCUAAUGUCCUCGAGCUACACGAGCUUAACCAACUGUUCGCCGGAUGAUCUGGCCUCACCGCUGAAGAACUACUCGCUGAGCAACAUACCCCAGCAGAUGGAGACGCAUCCGCGACCACGUCACCGUAGCGCCAGAAGCAGUUCGAGAUCGCCGCGUCAUGGACACCAUCAUCACCAUCAUCAUGGCCACCACCAGCAGGGUCAGAUUCAAGGGCCAAGCUCUGCGAGCACCAACGGUUCCACGGCCAGUCAGGGGAACCAGGUGACGGCCAGCGCGAGGAGGGAUUACCUGCGUCUCCAGAAGCCGGAGCAGCACUUGCCCGACGGCGAACUGACCGAACUGGGAGGCAAUGGACGGCGGAAGCUCUACCAGAGCGUGUUCGAUCUGUCGCCGGAAUACUGCGGACUGCCGUUCGUCAAGCGAUUGAAGAUCCUGAAUGAGCGCCAGAAGCUGGCGGAACUGGAACGGGCGCUGCAAACCCGUAGCUUUAGCCUGGACUGCUCCAAAUCCGGGCCGGAUAGCAAGGUGCCCAUUACGGAGUCAUUGUAUCGUUGCUAUAGCGACACCUCCGGCAUCUAUUCGCAGUUCCUCAGCACGUACGAGUCCACCACCAGUUCCACCUCGAUAUCCACUAAUACUUCCGCCUCUGCAUCGGCAUCGGCAUCCGCCUCCGCUUCCGCAUCCGCAUCCGCAUCGGAUAGCAACUCCAGGCAGUUGCAGUACGUGCCCCUGCCACUCAGUCCCGAAUCGAAUGAGACCAUGGAGCGGCGCAAGCUGAAGAGCAUACUCAAGAAACUCCAGAUGGGCGGUGGUCAGCAGGAGGAGGCGGGGGCGGGAAUGGUAACGGGAGCGGGGUCAAAGGUCAAGUCCAGUGCCAGCCAAAAGGGGCAGGGCCUGCCGGCGGAGCCGACCUUGGAAGGCCCGCCCGCCAGUGCCAAGGAGGAGGAAUCUCCCUUCGGCGGUGCUGCGGCGCUCGGUUCGGUGAAUAAUGGUUGCGGUAACGGUAACGGUAACGGUAGUGGUAACGGUAACGGUACGGUUAACGAUAGCAGUGCUAAUUCGAGUUCGCAUCCGAGCAAAAACAACAACGGCAACAGUGCGUAUACGUGUCCUCCAGCACCGGCGGUGGCAUUUCCGUUUCCGGUACCCAUUGCACCAGCUCAUUCCGGCUCAGUUCCACUUCCAUUGGAGCCCGGAGCUCCGUCGAAUGUCUGGUCGCCGACGUUGACGUUGGUAACGCCCACGAAUUCGCCGCAGGAGAGCUUCGCGUAUCCCGCCCAACUGCAUGGGGAGUUGGGCGGACGCGGAAUCGUUGGUGGCGUUGGCAGCGCCUCAGCGUCGCUGUUGCCAGCGGGAGCGGGAGCGGGCGCAACUGCAUCCGCAUCCGCAUCCACAUCCACAUCCACGUCCGCCUCCUAUGUCGUCGAGUGUUCAGCGUCGUCGAAUCAGAUUCUCCAUGCCCAGUCCACCACUGAUUUGAAUUUGAAUUUGCAGCUCAGGCAGAACACGACCAGUGCGAUGGGUGGAACGGGUCAAGGGCAGCGGAUCGAAGGCUUCCCGGAGGCACAGGACUACUUCAAUCAGAUCCUGAACGGCAUCAACCAUGUGAUCAAGACGCACAUGAACGAGAUGCACUCCAAGUUCGAGACGCAAUUCUCCAGCAUGGCUGGUGAGGUGCGGCGCCGCGACGCCAUCAUUGCCCAGCUGCAGCUCAAGCUGCGCUCCAUAGAGGGCAAGUCCACGGCGCCAGCGGUAUCCUCAUCCUCAUCCUCAUCCGCCAUGGUACUGCCCAUCAGCCGGCGCCAGAAGAAGAUGCCCCAGCUGUCGGUGGACGACGAUGAGCCGCCGGAGGAGGAGGACAACAGCAGUUCGGGAUCUUCAGCGGAACUUUUGUUUAUGCGAGGAGACUCCCUGGACACGGUGUUCACCUCAUCGCCGCCCAUUCAAGGCGGCAGGCGCAGCAUAUCGCCGGGUCCAAGUCGUCAUCAUGCGGCCUCGGCGAACGCACUCAACUGUCCGAGCAGCUACUAUGGAGGACCCGGCUCCCUGAGCUCCCGCCACGCCCAGAGCCACCCCAGCUUCUAUUCCGGCCAGGGCAAUGGACGCAGCAGCGGGCGCAGCAGUGGCUAUCGCGAGUGGAGCGACGCACCGGAGACUGGACACCUGGGCAGCAGGAGCGGGAGCGGAACGAGCGGUGCCGUCAUGGUGGCGGAUGUCACGGGCAAUCUGGCCCGCCUGUCGGACAGCGUGAUCCUCGACAUUGGCGAGAGCUCCAGUUCAAGCUCCUCGUCCAGCAAGAUAAACAUGGCCGAUGUGGACGACGAGGAGGAGGAUCCGCGGGGACGAGAUGCCCGAAACGUGGAGGACAUGGAUGACGGCGGAGGUGGCGUGGCGAGCCACAACGACUGGGAGGUGCAGAUGCUGGCCGCCGAGAUGGAGCGGCAGGAACGGAAGCGUGGUCACUCCCUAUCCGACAAUCUGGGCGACCUGAAGCACUGCAGCACGUUUCUGCGGCGACGCCGGAAGUUCAGCGACACGGAAACGGAAUUUAGUGAAACGGAAAUGGAGGAGCAGUUGGCCAGAUCGGCCAGCGGCUCAAUGGAGCCCAGCGGAUCGGUAGCAUCUAGCUCUGGAGCCGGUGGCUCCACAUCUGCGGGUCACCAAAGCGGCAGCCAGCGACCGCGGGCCUCCAGUCUGGAUCAGUUCAAUCUGCGCUACGGCAUCGGACGCGGAAUCUUUAAAGCAAUGAGCAUCGACCGUGAUAAAGACAAGCUUUGAGAACUAUAAUUGCGACCAAAUCUAACCCGAUCCCGAUCCUGGUCCCCAUCCCGUUCCGAGUUCCGAUUCCCAACCCCAACGCGGCCAGAAGCACGUUCAACCGCAGACAACCAAUAAGCAAUGGAAUUUGGACAGUAUUACAAGACAUGGUACAAGAACUAGGUAUAUGUAUAUGAUAUACAAAACUAAGAAGAUGUCAGGACAUAUAGAUCUAUAUUCUAUAUAUGUUUAGCCCUAACGAAAACCCCCCAGCAGAAGAAUCGAUAUAUACACACAUAAAGUAAAACCCCAUUGAGAUUUAUAUAUAUAUAUACAUAUAUAUAUAUAAAACAUGUAGAUUUAACGGAAACAAAAACUACUAAGAACCGAGAAACAAAACACACAAAUAGCCAGAGAGUGUUCCCACCCCGGUUCCAAUUACUCUUCGUUUCGCUUUUCUGAAUUGUAAUCUUGAUCUGAUCCCUUUGGUAUAUUCUUGCAAAAUGGUAAUAUUUUAACACUAGGUUAGAUUUAUCCGGUAAAAAAAUAUUA